AUGUCGUCGGUUUCAGCACAAGCAACACUAGAUGGCUCGGCAGGACCCAAGGGCCUUGCCAGCCCUGGCUUUGGUUCGCACGGAGCACCCAGAGAAUCGCAACAAAAUGCCACUGGACUUGGUACUUCAAGAGAGGUUCCGUUUCCAAUUGCUAUCAUUGGCAUGGCAGUGAGACUUCCUGGAGGGGCAAACACCACAGAAAAGUUCUGGGACAUGUUGAUCAACAAAAAAGAUGGGCACUGCAAGGUCCCAGAAACACGAUAUGGGGCGGACGCUUUUUACAACGCCACCCGACCGGGCACCGUCAAAACCCGCCAUGGCUAUUUCCUACAAGAAGAUAUUGGCUGUAUCGACCGGUCUUUCUUUUCUAUGAGCAAGACUGAAGCCGAAAAACUGGACCCACAGCAGCGGAUGCUUCUGGAGGUCGUAUGGGAAUGUAUGGAGUCUGGUGGACAAGCAAACUGGCGUGGGCAAAGCAUCGGUUGCUACGUCGGGGUGUUUGGAGAGGACUGGCUGGAGAUGUCUAGCAAGGAUACCCAACACAUGGACCGAUUUCAUGUAGUAAGCGCGGGAGACUUUGCGCUCUCAAAUCGUGUCUCCUACGAAUACGAUCUACGAGGACCGAGUAUCACAUAUCGAACAGCUUGCUCGUCCUCCAUGGUUGCCCUACAUGACGCCUGUCAAGCUUUGUAUAGUGGUGAAUGUUCGUCGGCUGUCGUCGCUGGAUCAAAUCUUAUAAUGACACCCACUAUGACCAUGUCUAUUUCCGACAACAUGAUCUUAUCACCGGACGGGAUCUGUAAGACAUUCGAUGCCUCUGCGGAUGGAUAUGGGAGAGGCGAAGCGAUCAACGCCAUAUACAUUAAGCCAUUGGAAGAGGCUUUGCGACAAGGCGAUCCAAUCCGCGCCGUCAUUCGAUCCACUGCUGUAAAUUGCGAUGGAAGAACACCAAGCAUCACAACACCAGGCUCGGAAGCUCAGGAGCGACUCAUUCGACGUGCAUAUCAAAAGGCAGGCAUUGAGGACAUCGCUAAGACGGCGUUUUUUGAAUGCCACGGUACGGGAACAAUUGCUGGUGAUACGGCAGAGACGUCUGUCGUUGCAAAAGUUUUCCCUGAGGGUAUCCAUAUCGGAGCGGUCAAGGCGAAUGUUGGACAUUCAGAAGGUGCAUCGGGGAUAACAGCCAUCAUCAAGUCAGCCCUUGCACUCGAGAAAAGGAUCAUUCCCCCAAACGUCCAUUUCACAAAUCCAAAUCCCUCGAUUCCAUUCCAAGAAGCUGGUCUGAAAGUGCCUCUAGAUCCGAUCGCAUGGCCAGAGAAUCGAUGCGAACGAAUUAGCGUGAAUUCCUUCGGCAUAGGCGGCACCAAUGCUCAUGUUAUUCUCGAGUCUUUCUCAUCAAUGGCACAGGUUCAAAAAGAGCGCCCCACCGGUAGAGUAGGCCCUCGAGUACUGGUUCUAUCUGCAAAGAAUGGAAAAUCUCUGCAGAAGACUGUGGAGCAUAUGAGAGAGUAUAUCGCCCAGAUGAGAUGCUCAGUGGAUGAUCUGGCAUAUACCCUAGGAUCCAGGCGGGAGCAUCUGGGACAUCGAGCAUUCGCCAUCAUUGAUCCUGACGGGAAGGUGUCAGGUUUUGAAAAGGCCCGCGACAUGUCAUCUAGCAUCACUUUUGUCUUCACUGGCCAAGGUGCGCAGUGGGCUGGCAUGGGACGAGACUUGAUGUCGAGAUCACCAUGCUUUCUGAGUAGUAUCAGGGCCAUGGACCAAGAGUUGUCGCUGUUGACGAAUCCCCCUAGCUGGUCCUUGGAAGACGAGCUCGCGAGAGACGAUGAAUCAAGCAGAAUCGACGAACCUGAAUUUGCUCAGCCGCUCUCUACAGCAGUACAGAUCGCACUGGUCGAUCUUCUCAAAGAAUGGGGUGUAUGUCCGACAUCGGUCAUUGGUCACUCGAGUGGUGAGAUUGCAGCUGCCUAUGCUUCUGGUGCAAUAAGUGCAGGUGUGGCAAUUUCCGUCUCCUAUCUGCGAGGCAAGGCUGUGAGCGACGCAACCAUGAAGACUGGAGCCAUGGCCGCGGUUGGUCUUGCGGCUGACAAGGCCAGGAAAUUCCUCCUUGGCGAUGUGGCUAUGGCUUGUGAUAACAGUCCACAAAGUGUAACGCUUUCAGGAACUGCAAAUGUUCUCGACGAGGUGCUCAAGGAGAUACAGGCAGCGGAUCCAGAGACUUUUUGCAAACAGCUCAAGGUCUCUGUUGCAUAUCACUCCAGCAGCAUGAAGGAACCGGGUAUUGCUUAUGAAAACAUGAUGAAACCGGUCAUAUCCCAUAAUAAGACCAUGAUACCUCUGUAUUCGACGACCAGAGAAGAUGUAAUAUCGGAUCCGACGAUGCUGGAUACAUCAUAUUGGCGGCAAAAUUUGCAAUCCACAGUUUUGUUCAAUGGUGCCGUUCAGCGAUUGCUUCGGGAAGCAAAACUACCGACUGUGUUUGUAGAGAUUGGCCCUCACUCAACCCUCUCGAGUCCGCUGCGCCAAAUAUUACGCAAACACGAUGUCGAUCAAGCUUCCAAGUAUAUCCCGACACUCAUUCGGAAUCAGCCGCAGCUGGAGGCUCUUCUUACAACUGCUGGACGGCUUCAUGUCAAUGGAGCGUCUGUUGACCUGGCUGUAGUCAAUGAUACUAAGGGUGCUUCUAUCUUGAAGGAUCUUCCGGCUUAUUCAUGGCUACACGAGGAGAGCUUCUUUAGCGAGACGAGGCUUGUUCGGGAAUGGAGGAACCCCAAAGCGCCGCAUCACGAGCUCCUAGGGCCUCGCUCCCUUGAAUCGACAGACCUGGAGCCUUCAUGGAGAAGGGUCCUCUUUGUUGGACAUGUUCCCUGGUUGUGGGACCAUGUGCUGGGAAAAGAACUCGUAUUUCCCUGCGCUGGGUACAUCGGCAUGGCCGGCGAGGCAAUCCGACAGAUCACUGGAAUGGAAGAUUACACAAUUCAGAACUUGAGCAUGAAGACACCACUUGUGCUCAAGGAAUCUGAGGCCGCAGAGCUGGUGACCAGUCUUCGUCCAGCAAGGCUCACCAUGACGAUGGAUUCUAUCUGGUAUGAGUUCACAAUCGCGGCGUACCAGAGCGGGGCGUGGAAAAAGCAUUGCUCUGGGAAAGUGAGAGCCGGGGCAGUAAAACAACACGUCCCUCACGAAUGUGCUUCAUAUCCACGAAUGGUUUCUUCCAAGGCAUGGUACGAAACGAUCAAGAAGCGCGGACUGAACUUCGGUCCUGAAUUCCGAAGACUGGAGAAUAUUUCGGCCGAUCCAUGCAGUCCUCGAGCAGGCGCCCAGCUCCAAUGCAGUGAUGAGAAGGAUUCAAAAGACUCUAGCAUGUACGCCCUACAUCCGACCGUGAUUGAUCAGAAUCUUCAGAUGCUUGGUGUCGCAAUGUGUCGCGGAUCAUCUCGUCAUAUGACAAAGCUUUGCAUGCCCGUGGCAAUUGAGAGCAUCUAUAUUGCCACAGGUCGUGGAAUAAUGUCCAUUGAGGCGUCGUGCGAUCCAACCGGUGAUUCUAUUAUCGGAAACGCAAAAAUGAUGUCCGACAAUAGGGUUGUUCUCUCAAUGGAAAGAGGCAUGCUUUUCGGUGUCGAGGAGGCAGAUGAGGCAGAGCAGAAUGAUUCCUUGAUUGCCCAAAUUGAGUGGAAGCCCCAUAUUGACCUUGUAUCCUUGACUGAGGAGAUUUUACCUAAUAUGUUGAAUAAUCGUGUCUGGUUUCUGUUGGAUAUCGUCUUUGGAUCUAUAUUCACAGAAACAGCAGACAAGAUCCGAUCGUUACAGGCACAGAAUCCCCAACUCGAAGAAUAUCGAGACUGGAUCUGCUCGCAGGUAGAUUCAAGGAAGGACAAUGUCAAGAGCGUAAAAUCAUUGUGCCAAAAUGAUCGUCUAAUUGAAGCGACGAAGGAGAUCGAGAAAGACCACGCUGAACUGGCGCCUCUCUUGAAUCUGGCACGCAAGAUUUCAAUGGUCACCGACAGUUUGUUGGAGGGGAAUAUAAGCCCCGAAGAGGUCGGAAUUCCUGAAGAAUGUCUGUUUGAUGUUUACAAGUCCUUGUCAUCUGCAGCAGGGUGCUCUGCCUUCUUCUCACUCCUGGGCCAUUCCAACCCGUUGAUGCGGGUUCUGAUAAUUGGCCAGGGAAAUGGAUUCGCAGUGGCUCAAACCUUUUGUGGACUCACAUCACGAAAUGGUACUCCCAUGUACUCGAAGUUUACAGUCACCGAAAGAACGGAUGAUCGCAUUUCCAGCGCAAAAGAGAAACUUCCAUGGGCUACCGGGGUUGAGUACAUGCUUCUCGAUGUUACCCGCGACCCUAUUGAGCAGGGCUUGGAAGCUCAGAGCUAUGACCUUGUCGUUGCUUCGGAGGCAUUUGAUGCUGACAUGCCAAUGUCACCACCUCUGAAAAACAUCUUUACUUUGCUUGCUCCAGGAGGUCGGCUUUUCUACCAAGGGGUUUUUCCUGUCAUUCCUUUGGUCACAUAUGUGAUGGGCGUCUUCCCUAAAUGGUGGGCACAGCAAAGCCUGGCUUGCAGCAAGCCUUCUAUCAGCCCUGAGCAAUGGAAGCGUGAGCUUAAAGAGAACGGUUUCAACGAGUCUGACAUGUUAACACUUGACGACUCAUCAACCUACCACACGGGCACAAUGAUGGCAUCACGGCCAUAUCCCCCAAUCAACACAAAUUCGAAAGAACUCGCGAUCCUAUAUCUGUCCACAAUUCCAAACUGGGCUCAAAGCUUGGCUAGAGAUCUAGAGAAAAAAGGGCAACUGAUAACAUGGGUUGCUUUUGGAAGCGACCCACUUCCGCCAAUGGAUGUGAUUUCAGUCAUGGACUUGCAAGGUCCAUUCUUCGAUGAGAUCUCGCCCGAAAGGCUUUCCCAGUUUCAACAGUUCGUUGGCCAGAUCAAGAACUCUCUCGUUCUAUGGAUCACAGGCAGCUCUCAGAUGACGUGCGAUGAUUCUCGGUGGGGCUUGGCACUGGGAGUGAUCAGAACAAUUCGACACGAACUGACACCGGACUUCUAUACACUCGAAAUUGAUAAUUUUUAUGACGAGUCUGUUGGGGCUGCAGUUCAGGUAUGGGACCAUAUGAACCGAGAGCGGGAUUCCCCCUUAUUGGACCCAGAUCGUGAAUUUGCUUUCGAGCAAGGGAGGCUUCACGUUAGCAGGGCCCACUGGAUAAGCGCUCGUCAGGAGUUAUCCAAGGCGAGGCCCGCCAACUGUGGAAGUAAAUUCCUAGACAUUAGAUCUUAUGGCCUACUGGACACACUUGUGUGGUCGGAAUGUGAGCCUCGUGCGAUGCAGAAUCAUGAAGUCGAAAUCGACAUGAAAUACAUUGGACUGAACUUCCGGGAUAUGAUGGUCGCUCUAGGCGUUGUGGGUGAUAGGAGUGAAUUCGGUGUCGAAGGCAGUGGUAUCAUCCGUCGAGUAGGCUCUGCAGUAACACAUGUGAAGGUCGGUGACGCAGUGAUCGUUGUCGGCGAUGGUCUCCUCUGCACACGCAAAAUUGUUGCUGGGGAGCGUUGUUUCUCUCUUCCCAAUGUCAUCGGCUUAGCCGAUGCGGCCACUAUUGCAUGUGUGUAUGGAACGGUCAUUCUUUCGCUCAUUCAGAUUGGAAGACUCCAGAAAGGCCAGUCUGUUUUAAUACACUGUGGAUGUGGAGGUGUUGGAUUGGCAGCUAUUCAAGUCUGUCAAAUGUUGGGGGCUGAGAUAUUUACCACUGUUGGGAAUGAUGAAAAAAUGCAGCAUCUUAUGGACACGUUUGGCAUCCCCCGAAAUCGGAUCUUCAGCUCUCGAGAUCCGUCUUUCUUACAAGGCGUGAUGGAGCAAACUGGGAAUCGUGGAGUCGACCUUGUCCUCAAUUCUCUCUCCGGCGAGCUUCUACAUCUUUCUUGGAGAUGUGUGGCUAAGUUUGGAAAGAUGAUUGAGCUAGGAAAACGUGACCUGCUGGGACAUGGCCAACUGGACAUGAAUGUCUUUGCAGGAAAUAGGUCUUUCAUAGGGGUUGACGCAAAGCAGAUCAUAGAAGAAGAUAUUGGUCAGUUUCAAAGUGUGAUGCAACAAUGUAUGGAAUUCCUCCAGCACGAAAAACUCAAGCCCAUUCGACCACUUACGGUGUUCGAUGCUGCAAAUAUUGGCCAAGCUUUUCGGUUUAUGCAAACAGGAAGACAUAUGGGCAAAAUUGUCGUGAAGAUGCCCGAUGAGGCCUCGGAGCUACAUGGCUCCCUCAGUUCAACUUUGAUUUCCCUUCCCUCGGAUGUCUCUAUUGUGAUAGUUGGGGGUCUGGGUGGUUUGGGCCGAACUGUUGCAACCUGGUUAGUCGAGAAGGGCGCGCGAGAUUUGGUAUUUCUCAGUCGAUCGGCAGGCAACUCUCCUGAGUCACGAUCGUUCCUAGAAGAGCUUCGAAGUCAAAGUUGCUCGGUGACCACGAUCACUGGCGAUGUGGCCAACAUAGAGGCAGUACAACGCGCAGUGACAGCCUGCAAGAGGCGCAUUGCCGGGGUUAUUCACAUGCCAAUGAUGUUGAAGGACCAACUCUUGUCAAAGAUGACCCAUGAUGCGUGGCGCUCGGUGUUGGCUUCAAAGGUCCAAGGAACGUGGAAUUUGCACAAUGUCCUCAUUGACCACAGACUGGAUUUCUUUGUGUGUUUCGGCUCACUUGCUGGGCUUUGUGGAAAUGCCGGCCAAACAAACUAUGCAGCAGCUAACGCUUUCUUGGAUGCUUUUGUCCAGUAUCGCUCAGAACGCGGACAUGCAGCAAGCGUGAUUGAUCUCGGCCUGAUGAGCGAUGCCGGAUUUGCGUAUGAAAGUGCGCCUAAACUAAUCCAACGUGCCAGAUCGGCUUCAAUGCGAACUGUCGAAGAGCGCGAGCUAGUUCAGGUUCUGGAAUUAGCAAUCUGCCGAUCGGGUCAGAUAGCACUAGGUCUUGGAACUACAAAGCCCCUCUCGAGUUCUGGUGUCGUGCCACCCUGGACGCGAGACGCGCGAUAUAGCCUAUGGUCAAACAUCGUCUCAGCAGAACAGCCAGCCUCCUCUUCGUUAGAUGGAGACCUGAAGGAACUGAUGGAGGCCGUCAAAAGCAAUCCUCAUAUAUUGGAUGACCCUACUAUCAAAGCGAGGAUCACCAAUGUUCUCGGCAUACAAAUUGGAUCCCAUUUAGCAAACAUCGACGACAUGGAUGAGAAUGAUAUCAACAACAUGGUAAUUGAGUCCUUGGCUAUGAUCGAAAUCAGGAGCUGGUAUCGCCGCCAUCUCGGUUUGGAGCUGCCCCUCGUUGAGAUUUCAAAUGCUCAAACAAUCGGAGGUCUUGGAAAUGUGACAGUGCAGGCGCUACGUGCCAAGUAUCAAGAAACUACCAACACGGAAGGUUCCAAAGAGGAUUCCACUGGUGCGCCAAAUGAGGAAAGUCUUCAGUAUCUUCAAGAUGCAACACUGGGUCGGAGUAUUCAGCCUAUCUCAGCACCAAUUUCAGAGUGGUAUGCUAACUCAGAUGGGCAUGUACUGUUGAUAGGUGCCACUGGGUUUAUUGGUGCAUUCAUGUUAUCCAUGUUAGUGGUACAGCCCGAGGUACAGACUGUCACUUGCUUGGUUCGUGCGGGCUGUACGACAGCGGCGAUGAAACGGCUAGAGGCAGCAUUUUCUAAGCUCCAAAUUCCGAUCCAAUCCUGGGACAAGGUUCGAGUUGUCACAGGAGAUAUCACUCAACAAGGUCUUGGUCUGCAAGACACUGAGCUUGUUCACCUAACUAGUCAAUGCGGUGCGAUUUUCCAUCUCGGCGCUGUUGUUAACUAUACUCUGUCAUACUCUGCGCAUCGAGGAACCAAUGUUCUCGGUCUUGCCAACGUCCUCAAAUUUGCCAACACCAAACGCCUCAAACCUGUUCAUUAUUUCUCGGGCAUGGCGGCGUAUGGCCCAUCUGGGUUUCUCAGCAACCCCACAUACGUGCCUGAAAACGAGAAGCCAGUAGCUGGCUCUGGGCCCUUGCAACACCACACAGGCUACUCGCUAAGCAAAUAUGUCGCAGAAUGUAUCGCAUGGGAUGCCAUCUCGAAUGGAUUCCCUCUCGCCAUCCAUCGUGCUGGUUUUGUUCUUGGACACAGCGUGACGGGAAUCGGAAAUCCACACGAUGCCAUCAAUCGCCUCAUGUCGACGUGCAUUAGUCUGGGUGCAUAUCCCACUCCUCCUGCCCAGAGAAAUUACUUUGUCCCUGUUGACUUUGUGUGCUCGGCUGCUUUACAUAUAUCGAAGUCCAAUGACAAUCUUCGCCAGGCGUACAACCUGAUCCACCCGGACCAAGACCAGAAUGUCGACCUGUCAACGACAUUCAGCAUGCUCAGUCAUUUGACCUCGCCGCCGCUUCGCGCUGUCGAGAUUUCUGAAUGGGUAGGGCUGAUGUCAAGGGGCAUCAGACCAUCGUCUAAGUGA